CAACAAACAAGAACCGAGAGUAAAUACCGCAGCACCGUUCACCGAACAGACGUGUUCAGUACUUUCUCCUGAGAUUUAUAGCUUUUUUUCUUGUUAUUAACAGCAAAAGCCACAAUGUCCGAAAGAAAAGUAUUGAACAAAUAUUACCCUCCGGAUUUCGAUCCAGCUAAAAUCCCCAAACUUAAACUCCCGAAGGAUCGUCAAUAUGUGGUCAGAUUGAUGGCCCCAUUCAAUAUGCGGUGCAAAACAUGCGGCGAGUACAUCUACAAGGGGAAGAAGUUCAAUGCACGCAAAGAGACUGUUCAGAAUGAGCUCUACAUGGGACUGCCGAUCUUCCGCUUUUACAUCAAAUGCACGCGGUGUCUUGCUGAGAUUACAUUUAAGACUGACCCAGAAAACACAGACUAUGCUAUGGAGCACGGUGCAACAAGAAACUUCCAGGCAGAGAAGCUUAUGGAGGAAGAAGAGAAGAGAAUCCAGCAGGACAGGGAAGACGAGGAACUGAACAACCCCAUGAAGGUUUUGGAGAAUCGCACGAAGGAUUCCAAGAUGGAGAUGGAGGUUCUCGAGAACCUCCAGGAACUGAAGGAGCUGAAUCAGCGGCAGGCUCGGGUGGAUUUCGAAGGAAUGAUCCACAAAUACAGAGAGUUGGAAAAGAGAGAGAAGGAAAGGGAAAAAGAAGAGGAUGAGCGUGAAACGCGAGAAAUGUUGGAGCGUUCUCUCGUGAAAAGACUAAGAGACUCGGACUCUGAUUCAGAAAAGGAGGAGGAGAGCAGCCACCACUCGAACAAGUCCAGCGCGGACAAACCAACUGAUAUUCUCACCACUGACAAACCAUCUGAGGGACAGGGGGAAUCAGCUGGAGGAGUAAAGAGAGCGAAGAUGGAGAGCUGGGAAAAAAGUGUUGGGACGCUGGGACGUGGAGGAGCGCUCGGCUCCCUGGUGGUGCGAAAGAAACCAUCAGAGACAGUAAACAAACCAAAUCCAAAGAAGAUCAUUCCUGCUACCACCUCACAGACAGAUUCAAAGGCAUCAACAGCUGAUUCUGCAAAUACUUCUAAGGCUACACAGAAGGCGUCGUCAUCCCUGAGCCUGCUCGGGGCGUAUUCAGACAGCGACAGCAGUGACGACAGUUAAAUGACAAGAAGAUGACUGACACACAGCUGGAGACAUUCUACUGUAGGGAACAUUAUGAUAUGGACCUUUUUUGUGUCACCACAGAGAAACUAAAAUCACAUGUAGACCAGUUUGUGAAUGACUCUGCUGUCAGCUGUCCUGACACAGUAUAUUAAAGUCUAUUACAGCAGAUAACCCAAAAAAUUGUUAUGCUGUUAAUGGAAAUUUAAUGCAGAAAUACUUGUUAAAGUUUGAUUUCCAUUUUUUACAUUCGUCACCCAAGUUUUCCCUGUGUUAAUUGAAAAUACACUAGGAACCACCUCUGCAAAGUAACUCACAGAGGUUUAUAAAAAAAAAUCCCCAAUGUUGAUAUUUCCUGUCGUUUGUGACAUUUUGUUAAAUGGAGAAUUCUGCUAAAUUUCAUGCCGGCUGUGGCAUUGAGGAAAGAGUGGUUUUUAAAAAAACUAAAACAUUAACUUAUGUUGAUAGCUGAACUGUACUGACUUCAUAAUAAAGUAGUGCCCCC